CCCGGACCAACCUCGAACGACGUUGGUUUGCUUGAUGAAACUGCAAUCUACCUAAAUUAAACGCAUAAUCUAAAACGAAGGAUCUGUUUGUCAGGAGAAGAACCUUGCAGAUAUCACGCGUCACUUUUUGUCGAUGAAUAUAAAGCUAGAAGUCUGUCCCAACCUAUGAACAAUUUUUUUGAUAGGGACUUCCGUACAACUACCUACCUAUACAUAAAGGAAAGCCGAGUUAAUCGCCCACUUAUUCAUUCACAUUUGUACCCAUCAAUUAUCAAUUAUCCCAGUUUUUACAAUGGAAGUUAUCUCUUUAGACUCGGUGGCCCUCGAACAGCUCCACGGGGAGCAGAAGGCUCUCCUCGACGCCAUCGACGACCUUCGCAAACAUGGCAUCGAUCGUUUCGUUGAUCUUCCCCAGAUAAUUGUCGUUGGAGAUCAAUCGUCAGGGAAAAGCUCCGUUCUUGAAGCCAUCUCUAGAGUACGCUUCCCUGUCAAAGAUGGAUUGUGUACAAGAUUCGCAACGGAACUUGUUCUUCGUACCGAUAGUCAAACUAAGGUCGAUGUACGCGUUCUACCACAUUCAGUUCUCGAUAAACCUACGCCUCCAUUUGAUGAGAGAUCUUUUAAUAAAGAUGAUCUGCCUCGUAUUGUGGAAGAAGCCAAGAAGAAAAUUCUCGAGAAUGAUGCUGGCUUCUCCGAAGAUGUUCUUAGAAUCGAGAUAAGGAGCCCCGAUGUCCCACACUUGACACUGGUUGAUCUUCCUGGCUUCUACCACUCAGAGGAUGAGAACCAGUCGGCUGCUGGCCGCAAGAUUGUGGACCGCCUGGUGGAGAGGUACAUGGCUCGCAAGAACAGCAUUAUUCUAGCUGUUAUCUCGGCGCGCAAUCAGAUCAUAUUGCAGAAGGUCCUAUCCAAAGUCAAGCUACACGACAAGUUCAAGGAACGGACUAUCGGAAUUAUUACAAAGCCAGAUGUUCUUACAUCUGACACUCAGGAUGAGAAUAAUUUUAUUCGAUUGGCCAAAAAUCUUGAUAGGUCGCAUGAGCUAUACUUGGGGUGGCACGUUCUUCGUAAUAGAGGUGAAAUGGAAGCUUCGGAUACGGAUGAGCAGAGAGACGAGAAAGAAAUGAAUUUUUUUGAAUCAGGCCUGUGGUCGAGUGUGCCCUCAAAGAAUCGAGGCGUGGCAGCUCUUCGCAAGAAGCUGAGCGGUAUUCUCCUGCAGCAUAUCAAGAACAACCUUCAAGGUCUCAUUGAGAGUAUUGAGAAAAAUAUCAAUGCUCGCAAGGCUCAACUCGAACGUUUAGGAGAGUCGAGGUCAACACCAAAGGAACUACGGACGCACCUAGAUAAAAUCGCCUCCAAGUUCCAGAUUCUGUGUCUACAUGCCGUGGAAGGGAAUUACACCGAUGAGUUUUUCGGGGGUCUCUAUCCCGCAUUCGAUCUAUCUACAAUUAAUGACAGCAGGGUCAGAAAAUUCCGAGCACUUGUACGCGAUUUAAACCGGACAUUCGCUUACAUAUUAGAAACCAAAGGUUCAAGACGCAUCAUUCUCCCUAGGAGCUCCAAUGCCACUGAACCAGUCUCCCAACACCAUGUCACUGGUGAUAUUUCACACAUUUUUGGGCAAUCUGAGGAAUUUCCGAAGAAAUUGAUCUUACCGACGUUCCUUCAGCCAUUAGCUAAUCAAUACAAAUUCAAGGAUCCAGAAAAGAUCACAUUUGAAAGGAUUUCAUAUGACCUAGAGUCACUUUCGUCGGCCAACCAGGGCAAUGAGUUCCCUGGUACCUCAAACGACCGCUUAGCCGUGAAGCUUUUCCAGGACCAGUCUCAACCUUGGGAGGAAAUUGCACGUUGUCACAUACGGCUCGUGCUAGACAUGGCUAAAGAAUUCGUUGAGAAGCUCGUGGGACAUAUUAUAAAUCCAGACAAAAGGACUUGCUCAGCGAUUCUCACUGAAAUAAUAGAUCCAUUCUUUGAAGAAAAGUCUGAUGUACUUGAAUCUAAACUUCAGGAACUUCUCCGUCACUACAAAAGCGGCCAUCCGCAACCUCUUGAUGCCGAGUUUAGGGUCCUUCUUGCGCAGAGACGCCAGAAAAAUGUCGGAGUUGAUAUCCUCCAAGACUUGAUGGCAAGUCGACCCGAGUUCUUCACAGAAGAGGCGCGUAAGGAACUCGAGAAAGCAAAACGGUCCAAACCUGUGAGCGAAUUUGGGGUGGACAACUUGAUUGACAAAUCUGAAACAUAUUACGAGAUGUCGCUUCGGACCUUCACCGAUAACGUAGUUGUUUUAGCUGUCGAGAACUGCCUCAUGAGAGAUCUUCCUUCAAUAUUCACCACAACUAGAGUCAAUGGGAUGGAGGACAAUGAACUUGAGCGACUUGCAUCAGAGUCACCAGAAGUUCAAACGGAGCGCAAGGAGUUGCAGGCGGAAUAUGACGCUCUUAAGAAGGGAUUGCAGAUCUGUAACAAAUUUAAGGAGCGGAAAUCAACUGUUAUGCCUUCGAUCUUAGCCAGCCCGGAGGCUCCAAGAGCCGCAAAUACUUCAAAGGAUGCACCCGCGCCUCAAGGAAUCCCAAUUAUCACACAAAAGCAGAGUGGACUAUUUAGUAGCACCAGUUCCAGUGAUAAGAACCCUCCGAAUUCCUCUUCACUAUUCUCGGCUGGGCCAAACAAUGCUGGGGUUUCAGGCUCCUCCCAAAAUUCUUCUGCUGCUUCACUUGGCAGUCCAUUUACCAAGCCAUUUGCAAAUCUAGCACCGUUACCUACUAACCAAAGCUCACUAUUUAAAAAUUCCACCGAGCCGGUAUCUAAAGGGCCGGUGAUGUACAAUUUCGGCAUUCCGAGCAAUAGCAAGCAGAAUUCUGGAGAGCUUGGAGGACCGGGCGGGCUCAGCUCACAACCAAAUAAAUGCUGGAAUCCUCUUCCUAAUACCUUUUCUCCCAUGAUAGAAUUUGGUCAUUUUUCUGAUGGCCCCGGCUUCAGCUUCGUGAAAAACAUAUGCUCUCUGAAGCCAUACGAUAAAUUCUCACCGGAGGAGCUGAGAUACUUCUCAUUAUUUGGUCCGCAAUCAAAAUCACGGGUUCGGUAAAGUCAUGGGUCUAUUAAAUACCUAUUUGGUUUCUUUCGUGCCAAUAUUUGAUUACGAUCCCGCUAUUAUUGUAUCAUUAAAUGAAACACAAAUAUAGAUAAACAUGAGAAGUACCCGAGUCCCAUAAGCCGCACGCCCUAAUACUCAAAUUCUACGACGUUAAAUAUACGACAAUUAACAACGCCCCUUUUCUUCUCCUCAGCUAAAGUUAUCUUACAUGAGCCGUCAUGCCAUCAACAAAAAGAUUACCGGAAUAUAACUGGAGACGAU